AUGUAUCCCAUCUCAUUAAUUCAUUUAAUGGUGUUUGAAAACAAAGCAAAAAAAUCUUUUCACAAACAAGAGAUAAAAAUGAUUAUUAUGAGAGGUCAUGUCAUUCCACUUUCAAAGCUCGAUAUAGUGAUACUGGUGGAUUCAAAUUUUAUCACUAUUGUGGUAUACACACCACAAUUGAGUGAAGAACAGACCCCACAACCAAACACUGGUUCCUUCUUGCUAAUGAACCUGGCAAAGAACCCGUUGUCGAGUGAAAAUUCUAAAUUUUCACUCACUUUUGCUUUACGCGGCGAUGUAAAUUCCAAUGAAAAGAUUAGUCUAGCAAAAUAUCACAUCCCAACGGGUUCUCUAUUAUACGAAUUUACAAUGUAUCUUGAAUUACUAUUGAACCUGUCAGGAUCCUAUCCUUAG